UCAUCAUAAAAUUUUUGAUAAUUUGACGUGUACUAUCUAGAUGCUUGUGUCAAUAUAUAAUCUGUAUAUAUCUCUCUAACGCUCCAAAUUCUUGGAAAUUGACAUAGCUUCAAAUGUUGACAUUUUUUUGGUCAUUGAGGUAUGUGUUUGUAGAGACCGAAAUCUUUUCAUGGCCGCCAGUCUCGUUUGUUUCAACAUGUAAUAUCUGUGCGUGCCGCGACGACGUGUAUUUAACUCGCGUUUCGUGUAUCGCGGAGUGAUAAAUGUGCUAUAUGAUUUCGUGUGAUUUUCGUCUAAUAUUUGCUUCGUUCAGUAGUGCACAUAAUUAGUUAUAAGUGUGUGUGUGUGUGUGUGUACGUGUGGAGUCAUCGUCGUUCAUUGAUUUUUCAAUGCAACUGCUAUGUGGAAAUUCGAAGCGGAAUUUGCAGUGGAUGAAGUAAACUGCAACAUCCUUGCUGGUAUAGCCGAGAGGAUAUUCAGCUAGGAUGCAACAAAUGACCACCGUGAUGCGGUGCGACCUCGGCCGACAAGGUGUCUGAAGGAUAUCUCUGCGGGGACCUCUCUACUCUCCUUCUUCUGCCCUCGGUCUUUCCUCGUGGGGAUACGGUAGGUCCUGUUCGGAGGCUACCAGGAUGCAGCUCGGACCCAGUUAUCGAAGCGUCUGAAGGCACCCCGCGGCCUGCACGCCCGGAAUAAAGCAAUAAAAGCGCCCGCGCCACGAGAUACAUCUCGCGAGGUCCGCGUAAGAAAACGGCGAAAGAAAGCCGACUGCACCGGUAAAUCAUAAACGCCACGGGGAUCGAACCGCGGGAGAUAACUGCCUUCGCGUAAAGAGAAAGAGACGGAGAGAGCGAGCGAAAUAGAGAGAGAGAGAGAGAGAGAGGAGCAGCGGCUCGGUUAGCCGAGCGGGAUUCAUCGUUUGAUCGCGCAUCCAUCGGAUUCAUCCAUCCUCGGACGCCUCGGCAACGCUCGAAAACGAAACAGCCCGGAAGAGGAGCUUCGUCGUCGUUUAUCAUUGGAAACAGGACGUCCGGAAGACGUCUCGGCCGCGUGCAGAGAGGCGGUCUUCAUCGCCUGCCUGUUGCACGCCGCUGCAAACCAUCGCGGAUAAAUCGUCGAUAAAUCCUGGUGGUUUUCCUCUCGCAGGAAGAUACGUCGGCCCGCGUGUGCAUAGACAUUCUCUUUGCCCGCGAAUCAUCAUCACCGAUACGGCCGGUAUAAUCGUAAUAGUUUUGCCGUUGAGACACGGUGUUUACCGUUGAGGAUACUAUCGAUACAUCGUGAUUGUUUUGCGCGCGCGAUAUCAUUUCCAUCGGCCGGAAGGAGAUGAUUCGCCGCACGUGUGAAAAGUGUAACGCGGAAAGUAAGAAAUCGGCUGCUGCGAGUCGGAGAAACGAUCAAAUCGGUUCGCUCGACAUUUCGUCGACGGUGUUUCGUGAUCCUCGAUCUCACUGCGCACUGUUGCCCCGGGCAACGGUUUAGUGGCUAGUGAACGGAGGAGUUUUCACGUAUUCAACAAAGCCGGGAUCAACGAGUCGGCGCUGAUAUCCAUUGUAAAUCAAUUUUACGCUAUCCGAGGAAGAAAAUUGCUCGAGGAAAAAGAAACUGGCUUUUACUCUUUAUUUUUUAUGUGCACCGUGCUCAAUUACUUACUUUCGCAAUUUGCGAGAGGAUCGCGUGGCGCUUGCGGAGCGUCGAAAAUAACCGCGUGCCGAGAGGGUUAAUGUAGCUAUCACCGUGCCGCGAGACGGAAAGUGACGGCCGCCGAGUGGCGGCGCAGUGACAUAAUUGAAGAAGAAAGUGCCAGCGCGUCCGGGCCCGUUAUUAAGCGGUGAUGAACGGGUGCCGAGAGAGGAGCAAAAAUGCCCUUGAAAGCAAGCGUCGUGCUCGCUCCGCCACGACGAGGAUUAAAUGACGCCACGAAGUUUUCGGCGUGCCGACCCUGAAGAGGACUAUCCCGCGCGAAUCUCAAAUCUCGCACUGUCGUUUUCCGAUUCACGUCGGUGCGAUCGGACUACUAAUAUACGUUCACGUCGAUGUUUCCGGAAACUGUUGGCGAAGUGACACUAUUCGGGGACGUGUGAAACCAUGUCAUCCAACGGCGAAUUCUCCACGAUGUCCAGCGAAGAGAUGCCUUCGCUGCCGAAAUCCCUGCCGAGCUCGAGGGAGGCGACCGCCGAAGGUUGCUCCGGCUCCGGCGGCGGAUACAUGCCGCUACGGGAGUUCCUCGAUCGAUUCUCGUUACCGAGAGUCGUCAGACUCGAAGGCACCGGCGGCAGACCGGUGCUCCUGUACAAGCAGCAACAACGAUCGCUGAGGGUCACGGCGAGCCUGCUGAUCCACCGGUAUCGACACGACGUCAAAGUGGGACCGGAGAUCGUCAUCCCGGAGGGUUAUCCAGGAUGGUUUUCUGUGAUAUCUGGCAACAAUACGACGGGCAGCGCGCGCGUCCAUCGAAGGGUGGAUUCUCUGGUGAAGACUGGGGUGCCCGUGUUUCUGCUAGCAACGCCUUUGAGAGGCUACACUCUGACGCACUCGAAAAUGGAAAAUGGAAAUUUACGAGCGCACUACACGAAGACGACGAUCAGAGCUGGUGAGAUAUUGCGGCUCGUGGCGGUCUUCCAGGAUACGAGAAGAUACAGCUCGGUGUCCUUCGGCAUUUCCGGUGGAUGCCCCGAAAAGGAUCAAUACGCGCAAUGUAUCGAUCUUCACGGACGAGAGGUGUUCGUUUCGCUGUCGACCAGGGGUGAAUUGUACGCGAUCCAUCAAAACGGUAGCGUCGACACCGGAAGUGACGCGGUGCUUUACAAAGUUCAUCAUCUCGCCAACAGACAAUUGCCUCUCAAAGUACGAUUAAUAGCAGGACCGUUGCCCGUGCCCUUGCCAAAAGAGUACGGCGGUCUAAUGCAGCUGGAAACGUCGACACGAGGUCCGAUUGUUUUGGGCUGCAUCGUUCCGGAGAGACCAGUGCAUAAUCCGGAAAUGCUGGAAUUAGUUGUGUCCGGAAAUGGAGCGCCGCGGGUUCGAAGAGCCCGAUUGGGCUAUCCUUCCGAAGCGAGAUUGUUAGCUUCUCCGAAAAUGCAACGAUUACUAUCAGCCUGCAGCCGAGCGGUCGGAGAUCGCGCAACGGAACCACGAGUGGCUCCCGUAAAGCUGCAUCCGCCGAUCGGGGAGAGCCUGAAAGAGAUGCAUUUAAAGAAGAUCAAGCCGAAGCCGGAGACCAAGCCGAUCCUGCAGAGCUUGAAAGACGGGUUGGAUCACCUGAAACGGAAUACCGCGAAGGAACGGAAUCAACAGACGAAACAAAACACUGGGAACGGUAUUUUAGAGAGAAUUUCGAAACUCGCUCAGGGCAACAGAAAUCGCAAUCCCGCGAAAAAGUCGGCCUCGUUCACGUUCGCGGUAAGGCCGGAGAUAGCCAUGAAAUCUCAGGAGCGUUAUUCCAGUCUGGAACCGGAAACUACCUCUCAUCAAACUCGCCAGAAUCAAAAUGCCAAGCAACCGGUACAAAGAUCCGUGUCUACCAGUAUGCUGGAAAUACCGGCAAACGUCGAGCUACAGCCCAAUUAUUCACGUGUGAGGGACAGCCUGACGCCGCUGCCGUCACCUCCGAAGCUAAUCAGGACCAACAACAAAACUGAGGAGAUCUACGCAGAAAUUUGCGACACCGCGACAGCGAAUCCGGUGCAAAAGUGCCCGGGAAGCCACGUGAUGGCGCGGAUCAGAAUUGUCGUGCAGGGCAACGACUCGUCUUUAGGAACACAUAAUGUGAUCGCUAAUGAAAGAUACGCGAACUCGAUGGCGACAAGUGAACAGAUUGACUCGAUCAUUAGUACGGAAGACGAAGUAAUCUACAAUACCGUGUUUUGAAAUUAUCAAAUUAACGUACAAACCGCGUUUAUGAAUAUAUGAUGCUCAUAUAUAAACAGAAAAGGAAUUUAAUUGUAGCUCGAAAUAGCGAUUGUGAAAUUCUUAAAGUGUAGACAAACCGGCUGUGUUCAACAAUCGACUUUCCAUUCGCUGUUUCGAAGUGUAUUAUAUUAUAUAAGAACGUAUUAAGAAAAAACAUGUACAAGUGCCUUUGUAGAAAAAUACAAAAAUCAUCUGUACAUACCUCUGCCAUACGUUAAUGUACUAACAAGUUGCGAUAAGGAAACGUAUGCACGUUAGAAAUAUAUAUCUUAAAACGAAUCGCUCAAAUUAAUUACGAAUGUAUGUGUAACUUGCGUCAAAAUAAAACUUAUCUAAUUUUUGUUAAAUCCGACUCAUGUUCCGACUUAAUAUGAAAA